AGCUCCUUUCUCGUCGAAGCCCAUGGCCGCUGAACCAUUUCCAUGCUGGAACCUGCUGCCGCCGGGUGUUUUUAUGCCACCACAUCCUUCUCUAGUCUAUCGUCAACAUUCUCGUGGCCUCUCAAUCAGGAAACAAAUCGAAACCCAAAUCGUCUUAUCCAUCUCUUAAACCUCAAUAUCUACAAAGUCCUUGGCUUGGCAUCAAUCUUUGUCUUCGAUCGUCAAAUCCCAAAGCUGACUUCCAAAAUCACAGCCCGAUCAUUUCCACCAUAGUGUUUAGCCUCCCAAUGACGUAAAUUUUCAUGUAGAACCCUUCAUUUUGUUCUAAUUUUUUUAUUGUCAAUGCCUGAACUUUAAUUUUAUUCAUUUUGUGAUUUUAGAAAUUGGGAAAGGAUUGCUUCUGCUGAGAAACAUCCCAAGUGUUUCUGAUUUUAGUUUGCUUGUUUUUAUUUGGACCACUCGGGUUGGUAAUUUUGGUUUUGAUUGAGUUAUGAAUUACAACUGUGGAGUGAACUGGAAUUAAAAUGGUUCAAUUCCAAUAUAGAAGGUCAAUAAAUGCAAUAAAGUCUUGCCAUGUCUGAACUUGAAGCAAGGAAGCUCAAGUACCCAACUACAAGAACCGAGUCCCUUCUCAUGGGCAUUCUAAUUGAGGGAGAAGAAGGCAUUGAAGAAGAGAUGUUGAAGCGGGAGGAAAAAUAUAUGUGGGCUAUUGUUGAUGGUGUAAAAGAGAAGGUCAAACCAUUGCUUUAGUAAUCAUUUUAUGGCUUUUGAAACUUUCUCAGUUUUGUUUAUUUUUUUAUUGUUCUUUAGAAGUUUAAUCUCUCAUGGCUUCUGCAUUUAUUUUAUCUAUUACUUUUUCUGGAUUUUGGUAGUAUCAUGUCAUGUAUUGAGCAUUAAAAUUAUUUUAUUUCUUUAUUAGCAGCCUUGGAAUUAUUAGUAUAAAGCUAUGGGUAAUACAUGUUGAAGUUGCCGAAAAGUUUGUAUGUUGCUACAAUCAAAUAAUACUUGCUGGUGAUACUGCUCAUUGAUUCCCUCAUGCUGGUGGUUUUGGUUAGUAACUCUGUUUUUCUGACUAGUAAACAUUCUAAUUAUUUAGAAUUUUCCUUAUCUUCUGAUUGGCAGCUUGUAACUGAAUUUUCUUGUAUGCACAUAGACCUAGGGCUAUGGGAUUUACUAUUUUACCUUGCCUCUGUUUGUUUCCUUGUCCUUUGUGGGUAUCAUGGAGACAACAAAAUGCAACAUGUAAAAUGCAAUACAUAAUUACAUAUGUU